CUCGUCGGUUUUAUCGUGCUGUCCUCGUUCCGAGAACCUUUCGUCCAAGAAUGUUGAUCGUCUUCAAGACUUGCAGGACUACAACUUAUUUAUCGAAGAAGUGCAGCUUCUCGAUGAGGAUGAUUCUGUGCCUAGGCGGUGAUGAACAAAACAAUGCUAGAACACCUAGUCCACUUUAUUGUGUUUCCAUCAAUUAAUCUUCUAUCAUUUUUGUAGAUCGAUAAAACUCAUAGUACCCCGAAAACCCACAACAGGGAAGUACUGCGCUCGUUCGGCGGAUACCACUACCAAUAUUUUUACACCCCCGUAUCCACCAAGAGAUACUUCUUUCACUUCUUUCUAGUACAACUAGAACUAUUACGUAAGACAUCAAAAUAGUUGCUCUCUCUCUCCCUGUUUUUCGUCCAUCGAAAGCCAAACUCGAGGGCCAAAGCAUCGGUAGCGGUUCUGGACAGCACGGUGCUACGUAUACGUUUCCCGCUGUGAGUGUCAGUCGGAUCUUCCUUCUCCUGGCUUUUUCAUCCGCGAGGAACGAAACUUCUAGAAGAGACGACUGCUUCGCCACUACCUACUAAUCCAUAUCUUCGGACUCAAUUAUCCAGCGGUUGUGUGGUCGAAGUCAUCAUGCAAAGCAAGCGCAAUACCAAAAUCAUGGCCCGCCGCGUGGGUAUCCUUGCAGCGACCGGGCAGGUCUGGACGGGAUUCGGAACUCAGGUUGCGGAGAAGAAGAUUGCUGUUCAUGAGGGUGAGAGCACGAUCACUUCAGGGUUUUUUAGGCCAUCGAAAUUAUCAAGCGAACAUUUGCGCGAUUGUCUCAAGCAGCUUACUCACCUGAAAACAGUGCCCGCGACUCAAAAAAAAAAAAACAAAAAGGCGAAACUUCGAGGACGACGAUUGCAACGAAAUUACUGUAGAUGUAGCAUCACAUCUCUAUCAGGUGCUUGAGCGGCAUUUCAUAUUUCUUGACAGUCAUGGUGACUGACCUUGGCGUUGGCAACAAUGGUUUCACUUGUUUUGUAGAGCUGGCUGUCAUAAUUCUUGUAGUCUGGUAUUGAUUUUCCAGAAGUGUAAGACCUACCGAAAAAUAGUUGUGGGAGGGUGCUGCUCUGCCUUCAAUGACCCGGAGUCGGGAAUCGUGAAUUCGAGGUCCAGCGCCGUAGCUAUUAUUGCUAUUCGUGACAAGAGUAUUUUUACUAAUGUUGCGGCCGUCUAGGGUGUUAGUGUUGGGAUUUCGACAGAAAGCUACCUUUUUGUUUUUCUGAGAUGACGCCGGGGACUGGUUUCAAUAUGAUAGGCUUGGCGGGCGACUCGACACAGUGGCAUAAAACGACUGAGGCCCUACGACGGCUCUUAAUUGUAAACUACAGGGCGAUCCAGAAAAAGUACGAGGAAUUCCUGGAAACAAACUGGCGUGGGCGGAAGCGGAGGCCCGAUGCACCACAGACAGAUUUCGCUCCGCUUGCAAUCGAUGUUUGUCAUCCCAAAGAGGCACAAGCAGAGCACGAAAAGAAACACAUGAAGCGGGGAGAAAAAUCUAAGCUCUGUGACGAAGUCAUUGUUUUGGGCGAUGUCCAUGGUGCUUUUGUCGACCUGGUUAGGAUGCUUGCAAAACUACUGCCGACAAAUGAUCCAAAAAGCACAUUCUGGGGCGAAGAUCCAGUUGGCACCAUUAUACUUCUUGGGGAUUGGAUGGACAGAGCCCCGGUCGCGGGGGACAGCUUCUUUACAAUCCUCUUUGUCAUGUGGUUGCAAGCGGCGUUCCCGGAUCGCGUUGUGUUGCUGCGCGGAAACCACGAGACGGAUAUUAUCUUUUCAAACUCUUGUAAAAAUCCGGGGUCGGAGCUGGACGCAUUACACUCAAAUUACAAAUCCAUCGUCAUCGACAAGCAGUCAUUUCAGGACAACUUCUGCGACGAGUUCUUAGUUAAGAAGAUGUUCCCUAGCCUCUUUGUUUGA